AUGUCACGAAGUGCAGUUGAGGUCAUAUCACUCCAUGAGUCACUGCCCACAGAGGCAGAUGGGAGAGAGAUCCACAUUGAGGAACAAGAUGCAUCGAGUCUUGAUAUAGCCAACACAAGGCAGUACGAGUCAAACAGAAAGAGAGCUUGCGUACUGAUAGGCUCGACAUUGCUGCAAUUGCCGAUCUGGGGCUUUGCCAUGAGCUAUGGCGUCUUCCAAGAAUUCUAUUCUGAUAAUUGGACUCUAAAGGGGAGUCGUGGAAUCACAGGUGUCAUUGGCACGACCCAGAAUGGCGUCUUGUACCUCUCAAUGCCCUUCCUCUUCGCCCUCUUCACCAAGCGAUGGGCUCAAAGACGACAGACAGCAGCACUAUGUGGCGCUGCACUUACCUGUGUCAGCUUCCUUCUGUCCUCCUUCAGCAUGCAUGUCUGGCAUCUAGUCGCGACUCAAGGAGUCAUGGCCGCCUUGGGCUGUGCUCUGAUCUUCAGUCCAACAACGCUAUCCCUCGGUGAAUGGUUCAACACCAGCAACCGCGCCGUCGCCUACGGAAUCACUCUCUCGUGCAAGAACAUCGUGGGCUCAGUCUGCCCCUUUCUCCUACGGUAUCUACUCGAUCGCUAUGGUUUUUGCAACACGUUACGAGUCUGGACAGCCAUGGUAGCCGGAACCAGCAUUCCUGCCAUCUUCCUCAUUCCUACACAUCCCUCAAAUUUAUCACCAUCCACUCCUCGAGCUCGGAAGAUUCCAUGGUCAUUCCUCCACCAUCAAACCUUCUACAUCUACAGCAUCGCCAUAAUCCUCCAAAGCUCCGGCUACGGCAUACCACAGACCUAUCUAAAUACCUACGCCCACGAGGUUACCUUACUCUCCCAAACCUCAGCCACGCUCUUACUCACUCUCUUCAACAUCCCUGGCAUCGCUUCCUCAACAUUCUUCGGCUAUUUGAGCGACAACAAGCGCUUUCCCAUGUCCGCAACGACCGUGACCGCCAUCUCAGCCGUCAGCUCCGCACUCUCCGCCUUCCUCCUCUGGGGUCUGACCUCAAAAGGAAGUAUGGCGCUUCUGGUACUCUUUUCCAUCACCUUCGGUUUCUUUGCAGGCGGCUACAGCGCGACGUGGGGUGGUGUCCUCAAGGAGAUGGAAAGCGAAGCCGCGCAGAGCAAUGAGGCCAUCGAUACAGGAAUGCUGUAUGGGCUGCUGAAUGGUGCGAGGGGAAUUGGAUACGUGAGCGGUGGCUUGAUAGGUGUGCCGUUACUUAAGGUCGGCGGGUUGGAAUCACUCGGGAACUUUGCGUAUGGAACGACUUACGGUCCACUUAUCAUAUUCACGGGGCUUUCGUCUGUGUUUGGAGGCUGGAGUAUACUCUGGCGGUGGAGGAAGCUGUUGCAUUUGGUGUGA